AUGUAUGGGGCCUUUAAGCGCGAUCCGCUGUCGAGAUACUGUGGUGCUAAAUGUGAUCAGCACCGAUCUGAUGCAAUUAGCGACGGGGAAGAAUUCGCUCGCAGCGAGCACCGAAAGGCUGUGCACUCGAAUGCCCGCGAUGCGAACUCUCCGAGCAUGCUACUCGACUUAAUCAUCAAGCCAUUAGAUGCUAGGCACCUAAGUGCCGACCCAUCACUUACGGAAUAUCUGGACCUCGGAUCCCGGAAAGAGUUUCACGACAACUUCCGCUUCCUAGCACUUGGGCCCCAAUAG